GGACGUAUCUAACAAUUUCUUUUCUGGGGAACUCCCACGGACUCUCAGUGUCACAACUUCGCUUACCAGGCUUAGCCAGGGAGGAAAUGACUUCACGGGAUCCUUACCAGACUUCUCACACUGGAACAUCAACUGUGGACUGAUCGGCAACAACUUCACAGGGUCGAUUCCCGACUCCAUCUCUACCCUCACCACCCUCGAGGGCAUUUUGAUCAACAACAACCAGCUAACUGGCACCAUCCCCUCUGCCAUCUUCACCAUGACAAAUCUGAAAUACCUCUACAUGGCCAACAACGAUCUGAGUGGCACUCUGCCAGAUGCCAUAAGCCGAUUGGAGAAUCUCGAACAAAUCUGGUUAGACAACAACAAAAUUGAAGGCCCUCUGUCGUCUAGCCUGUGCUUGCUGCCCUGGCUGUGGCGCUUCAUGAUCAGCAACAACUAUCUCUACGGACCCCUGCCAGACUGCCUCUUUGACAAGUGCAUCAACCAAAUUGAUGUUAGCGGCAACAGCCUGUAUGGGCGAAUCAAUCGCAACUUCAAGAACAUGGUGGCGGAUAGUGGUGCCCUCAUCAACUUGGCUAACAACUUCUUCUUUGGCGAAGCCGUGCUCUUUGCUGGUGGCUGCAAGGUCUGCCCCACGGAGGUCAGCGAGCCCAACAAACUGGACAUUUUUUACACAUAUAGCUGGAGUAUUGGUGGCAAGUGCUACUCUGCUGUGGCAGGGGCAGGAAAGAAGGCGAAGGUCAGUCUGUCGGGCAACUGCCUGAACCUCAGCCCAUACACGGAGUGCUCAUCCAAUGCCACCCAGCGCAGCACAGCAGCCUGCCAGGAGAUCUGCAGCAUGAGUGACAACGGCCCGUGUGACGGCCAUGGGGAGUGUGUGCAGCCCGACCCCGCCUCCCCUUCCAAAUUCGCCUGCCUCUGUCAUGCCGGCUACACGGCUGUCGACUCGGGCAACGGCUCCUCAUGCGCCAUUGUUUACUCCAACACCACCACUGUUUCCUCUCUCUCCACCGGCGCCAUAGUAGGCAUUGUUCUGGGAGGCUUUGCUGGCUUUACACUCCUGGCCACUAUU